UUUUAAUAUAUUUGUGGGAUAUUUGGGGUUUUUAAUAAAAAAAAUUCUCUACACUUAAAAAACAAUUUCAACUUUUUGUUAAGAAAAUAUGGCGGGGAAUGAGUGGAUAAAUGGCUAUUUGGAGGCAAUUUUGGACGUAGGGGCAAAAUUGGAAGAAGGUUCAAAAAAUAGUGCAUGGGCAAAAUUGGACGAAGGUUCAAAAAAUAGCAAGGGUUUCAUUGAUCCCACCAAAUACUUUGUUGGGCAGGUCGUAACGGGAUUUGAUGAAACGGACUUCCAUAAAACCUGGAUAAAGGUGAUUGCCACCAGGAACACACGUGAGCGCAAUAACCGACUAGAGAAUAUGUGCUGGAGAAUAUGGCAUCUUGCAAGGAAAAAGAAAAAGAUUGAAUGGGAUGAUGCAAGGCGACUGGCAAAGCGCUACUUGAAGCGCGAACAAGGGCGGAAGGAUGCGGCCGCGGACAUGUCUGAGGACUUAUCAGAAGGAGAGAAGGAGAAAGGAGAAUCUUCACUAAGUGAUGCAUCAAAGGAGAACAUAGCUCGGAUCAACUCAGAUCUUCAAAUGUGGAGCGAGGAAAACAAAGAUAAACGGUUGUACAUCGUCUUGAUUAGCUUGCAUGGUCUGGUUCGUGGAGAAAACAUGGAAUUGGGAAGGGAUUCGGACACAGGUGGCCAGGUGAAGUAUGUGGUAGAGCUUGCUAGAGCCUUGGCUGCAACAAGAGGAGUAUAUCGUGUGGAUCUCCUGACCCGCCAGAUCUCAUCCCCAGAUCUCGACUGGAGCUACUCGGAACCGACAGAGAUGCUCACCUGUCCACCGUCAGAUGACAAUGGCGAUGGUGAGAGCGGUGGGGCCUACAUUGUUCGCAUACCUUCUGGGCCUAGGGAUAAGUACAUACACAAAGAAUCCCUAUGGCCCCACAUACCCGAGUUUGUCGACGGUGCCCUUGUCCACAUCACCAACAUGGCAAAAGCUCUUGGAGGAUCCACCGGGGAUCCCAUGUGGCCCUACGUGAUCCACGGUCACUAUGCAGAUGCAUGUGAGUGUGCAGCCAUGUUAGCUGGGGCACUCGGAGUACCAAUGGUCAUGACAGGCCACUCCUUAGGGAGGAACAAGCUUGAGCAACUGUUGAAACAAGGGAGGCUUUCAAAAGAGGACAUAAACAGGAGCUAUCAUAUUAUGAGGAGAGUAGAAGGGGAAGAGUUGGGGUUGGAUGCAGCUGAGAUGGUGGUCACUAGCACUAGACAAGAGGUGGAGGAGCAAUGGGGGUUGUAUGAUGGGUUCGAUGUUAAGUUGGAGAGGAAGUUGAGGGCUAGGAGCAGGAGAGGGGUGAGCUGCCUAGGUCGAUACAUGCCCCGCAUGGCGGUCAUACCACCUGGAAUGGACUUCAGCCAUGUUACAUCCCAAGACAUGGACACAGACACUGACAUAGCCUCCUUGAUAAGCUUUGAUAGAAAUCAAGCCAAGAGAGACAUACCCCCAAUUUGGGCUGAGGUAAUGCGAUUUUUCACAAAUCCACACAAGCCAAUGAUCCUCGCUCUCUCUCGCCCUGACCCAAAGAAGAAUGUAACAACAUUGUUGAAAGCCUUCGGAGAGUGUCGUCCUCUGAGGGAGCUUGCAAACUUGACCCUGAUCCUAGGCAACAGGGAUGACAUAGAGACCAUGCCAAUAAGCACUGCAAGCCUUCUUACAACUGUGUUGAAAUUGAUUGAUAAGUAUGAUUUAUAUGGGCAAGUUGCAUAUCCCAAGCAUCACAGGCAAGCUGAUGUCCCUGAAAUAUAUAGGCUUGCAGCCAAAACUAAGGGAGUAUUUAUCAAUCCAGCUCUUGUCGAACCUUUUGGUCUCACUGUAAUUGAGGCAUCUGCUUAUGGUUUGCCCGUUGUUGCUACCAAGAAUGGAGGACCUGUAGACAUCCUUAAGGCUUUAAAUAAUGGUCUCCUGGUGGAUCCGCAUGACGACAUGGCCAUUGCCGACGCCUUACUGAAGCUCGUCGCAGAUAAGGCCCUCUGGACUGAGUGCCGGAAAAAUGGUAGGAAGAACAUACACCGCUUCUCGUGGCCUGAACACUGCAAAAACUACCUCUCGCAUGCUGCCCACUGCUGCAACCGCCGCCCGUCGUGGCGUCCAGCACCACAUGCCACCGGCCGCCCUGCAUUGCCAGAAAAUGAGCCCCUGACCGACUCUCUGCGAGACAUCCUUGACCUCUCAAUCCGCUUCUCUGUGGACGUAAAACUCAACUGUGGCACCGAUUCUGUUAGACUCAGCGGUGAUCCUACUGCCGCCAAUCCACAACAACUCUUGGAUGCCAUGUAUAAGGCUGCUGGUACCACUGAAUCACUUCUGUAUAAUGGCGGAAAUGCCUUUCAGAGGGGCUCUGUUCCGAGAAGCCUGACAAUUGUUAACAGCAGGUGGAACCUCAACGAUCGGAAAAGGCACUUCGUGAUUGCCGUCGACUGUUUUGAUGAAUUCGGCAAAUUCACCAAAAAUCUGUCUGAUAUCAUCCAGAAUGUGAUGGCUGCUGCCGGUAGUGAUGACAGAGGCCGGACGGGGUUCUUGUUCUCUACUGGCUGCAGCUUGGGGGAGGUGAUCGAAGCGCUGAGAUCAUGCCACGUGGAGCCCGGGGAAUUCGACGGUCUUAUUUGUGGGAGCGGCAGCGUCGUGUGCUACCCCUGGAAGGGGAUCGGUGAUGACAUGGAGUAUGGGGCCCAUGUCGGGUACAGGUGGCCAGGAGAGAAUGCCAGGACGGCCGUUGAGAGGCUAGCUGCCGUGGAAGGCGAUGAUGUGGCCGAUGACGUGGAGGCGUGUGGGUCCCACUGCUAUGCUUAUGCUGUCAAGGAUGGUGGAAAGGUCCCAAGAGUUGAUGAUCUACGCCAAAGGCUACGAAUGCGUGCCUUACGAUGCAAUUUAGUUUACACCCGCGCUGGAACACGCUUGAAUGUGGUCCCCUUAUUUGCCUCUCGAGACAUGGCCCUAAGGUAUUUAUCAAUUCGUUGGGGCAUGGACCUCUCAAAAACAGUGGUCUUUGUUGGUGAGAAGGGCGACACAGACUACGAAAGCCUCCUCCCUGGAUUACACAAGACCAUCAUUCUCAAAGAUGCUGUGGAGCAUGGGAGUGAGAAGCUAGUGAGAGGAAGUGGGAGUUAUCAAAGAGAGGAUGUUGUCCCUUGUGAAAGCCCUAACAUUGUAUCAACUGAGCUUGGGUAUGCUACCCAUGACAUCUCCAUUGCCUUGGACAAGGUUGGGCACAUGUGACUCAAAUGAUGCAAGGAGAAGGCUGAUGCUCUUGUCAGUGGAAAUCUCUCUCUCUCUAUAUAUAUAUAUAUAAGUUCAGGAUCUAGUGAGAACAUAACUCUAGACAUCAGGUUGUGGCACUUGCCACCCUGACCACCCCUUUUAGAGUUUCACCUGUCUCUAUAAAUUUUCGUAUUUUACAGUAAAAUUGGAUGAUACUAUCUUUCUUUGGCUCCUGCCAUGUAAAAA